UUUCUCAUUUUCCGACGCAUUUUCUAUCAGUCAAAAAUGUAAAUUAUGAUAUUUGUGGAAUAUUUAGCUAACAAAUUUUAUGUCAUCUCCAUUCUCACUGUGUUGUCUGCUACACAGCUCAUCCUAUGUAAUAAUCAUUUGAAGAAAACCUAUCCAACACUACACGAAAAUGAAGACCAUAGUGAAAAGAAUGAAGGCUACACAUUUCUCAUCAGUGGCGGUUAUCGGCCCGACGAGAACAAGCUGUUGAAAUACGUGGUCUCGAUUGGUGCUAAACAAAACACAAAAUUCUUCGGUGAUUCUCACUUUUGUGCAGGCGCAAUUGUCAAACCGGAUGUCAUUGUAACCGCUAAACAUUGUGUCAUCAAAAAAAUGUAUGGAAUGAGUAUUACGCGAUCGGUUUUGGUCACAGCUGCUACACCAAAUCGUUUUGUUAAAACUCCUGACACUCAAGUAAUGAAAGUGAAACGUUAUGCCGUGUCUAAAGCAACCGAUCUGGCGCUUAUUAUUUUGCAGAAAAAUAUUACUAUCGAUAAUAUAACCACAGGCAUUCUGCCAAUUGCCCGUAAAAUGCCUAGAACGGGGAUGGCGUGCACUGUUCUUGGAUGGGGAAGAUUGUUUCUUCAUGGCCCGAUGCCUGCCGAAACGAUGUACGUGGAUUUGCAAGUGUGGUCACCAAUUCUUUGUGCGACGUAUGAACAAGUUGACUUGCCCUACAUGUUAUGUGCCGGUUUUAUAGGGGAUCCGGAACGUGAUUCAUGUAUGGGUGACUCUGGUGGACCCUUGAUAUGUGACGAGAAAUUAUAUGGCGUUGUAGCGUGUGGCAUCGGCUGUGGCACGCCCGGCUUUCCUGGUUUCUAUACGAACGUUUACAAGUUUGCCCGGUGGAUAGAUGAAAAUCGCGCGCAUAAACAUGAAAUCAGUUUGUUUCUAAUAACGCACAUGAUUUUUUUUGUGUGCGUGUUGUCAAUGUAAAGAUUCUAUAUUUAAAUAAUAUUUCGUGAUAGUUUUUA